AUGUCGGACACAAUCAAAGAGAUCGUCGAUAUCCCACAAAACUUCUUCCGUGAAGGAACUCACUUUGUGAACCGCUGCACAAAGCCUAACCGCAAAGAGUAUAUUCAGAUCUGCAGAGCGGUCGGCCUUGGGUUUGUGGUGAUGGGCUUCAUUGGGUACUUUGUCAAGCUUAUCCACAUCCCAAUUCACUCGAUCCUUGUCGGCGGUGCUUAA